CCCGCUCCCUCCCCCUAAAGAUCCCCUGCCCCUGGUCUGUGGACUGGAAGAGGUUUUACCUGAGAGGAUGCACAUCGUGUCAAAGGUCACUCUAUCACCUCAGAUGAAGGAUAGUGGAUUGCAGCCUGCUGUGUUUUCUAAAGCUGUCUUUAUGACUGUCAACAGACAGAUGAAGCAGUCUGUGGUUUCAUGCUGAUCAUCAGCUGACUGACGUGGUCAGAAUGAAAAGUUCUGGAAGUUUGCAUCAGGUGGGUACCUUUAGUUUCUAGCAGGAGCUUUUUCCUCGCUGGCCUGACAGCGGAUUGGUUGUGCGUUGUCAUGGUGAUGAGGGGGCCACGUGAACGCGCGGGCCCCUGAGGAGGUUCAAGUGGAAUAAAAGGCAGUGUUUAUGAUGGAGGGCAGAUUCCUCCCGUCACACUUUGAGCUGAAGCUUUCUCUUCCUCUGUGACCAGAUAUGACGAGUGACUCUGACGUCUCCCCUGUUAGCUGACCCGACCGGACCGGGCCGGAUUCUGCCCUGUUGUGCGCGCUCGUCUCCCAGCCUGGACGAUGGAGGUGGAGGUGGGGAGCUGCUGGCACCUCAGGCUGCUCCUCGUGCUCUGUUCCAUGACUCUCCGCAGCUCGGCCAUCGAAACCGUGAACGUGGUGGACUUCUGUGGCCAGACAAUCCGGGAUGACGGCAUGAUCGUCAACUCGCACCAGGAAUCCAAGAAGUACUACUUUGUGACAAUGGGGACUGACUGCCACCUCACCAUGCAGGCCAGCUCUCCUAAAGACAAGGUCCAGUUCCACUUCCGCUUCUUUCUGGUCUACAGUUUGCUGCGAGUGGCCCCUCUUAGCCCGGCCCCAGUCUUCCCAGAGUCCCCUCGUGGCUCUGCCCCUCUGAACCCCAGACUGGAGCCCACCUCAGGUGAAAGCUCGGGGGACCCGUGUCAUGCUGGCUCAUAUGUUCAGUUCUAUGAUGGACGGGACAGGAGCUCGCCUCCCCUUGGGCCUCCUCUUUGUGGGAAGAGCCCGCCCCGGCCAGUGCUGUCCACAGGAAACUACCUGACCCUAAGGCUGGUGACACGGGGGACUCAGCCCAGAGUCGACUUUGUGGGGGACUUCACCUCCUUCAGACUGGGUUUCAACCAAUCAGAGUGCAGCAGUGAGCCUUAUUUUACCUGCAGGAAUGGGAAGUGCAUUCCUCUCAGCCUGGUGUGUGAUGAUAAAGGCAUCGACAACUGUGGGGAUGGAAGUGACUUGGAGGAAAACCUGACUACAGGUUGCAAAGGUCAGCUUUUACCUCCUGAACCUCCACCGGCUAUAGCAACCCCACCUCCACCUUUUGUGAAUCCCCCCACAGUGCCAAUUCCUUCACAUAUGAACUGUGGCAUGCCAGACAGCACUCCCAGUCAUGAGUCAGUAACAGACUCCUCUGUCUCCCUGUCUCUGUUGGUCCUCUACAUCCUCCUGGGUGUGGUGGCAGGUAGCAUUGUGCUCUGCUGGUGCUGCUGGUCACCUGGCUGGUUCCUGUGGCGUGUCAGCAUCUGUCGCUUCUUACCCUGCUGCAACUCGGCCUGCGCCUCGUGCCAGCUCUGCGCCCGCAGCUGCACCCACAGCAAGGAGCACCGACUGGCUAAAGUCACCCCACACACACCUGUCAACGGGACCUCAACGGACACGGUGGCCACAACCAACAGCGCUGAUGAAAAUGUUACAGUGGCGGCUGUUUAGAGCAGAGGGGCUGCUCAGUGGAUCAGUCUUGGCAUAUAGAGACAUGGGUACAGCAUGCUUAUGCUGAGCUGUGAUCAAGAAUCUCCUCUUUAGCAAAGGUUGGACUGAUGUGGUCCAGUAUGUGAGGCUGACAUGGGCAGAGCUGAAUAGCUUUGUGGUUUGUGUGCUUUAACUGUGAUGACGCAGGUGAUGAGACUGCUGUGCUCAUGUUGUUAUAGAAGGUAAAGCAGGGUACAGUGUGACUUUGGAUUGUAAUAAAGUAUGAAUGUAUGUGAAGGGAUUAAAAUAAUGGCUUCUCAGAAUCAGUUAAGAAACAUUUUUGUUCCAACCUGUUUUGAAGUGCUCUCUUAGAUAUUAUGAUGGCAGCACAUUCUCUUUCAGAGACUGCUGAUGAAGUGCAGCCUUUAAUGCUCGGCCAGUUUUCAGAAGAGACAGUAAACAGCGUUAUGUUGUUAGCAUGAACAGUUUUUAGUCAUGUAUUUGUUUCCUUUUUCUAAACAUGCUUUUCUUAGAAAUAACAGCUUAGUCCUGCAGUGAAACUACACUUCCAGUCCACAGCUUUGACCAAAAGCUUUCCAUGGACACACGCUGAGGAAACAGCCCCAGAACCACAAAGCCACCCACCUGGUGACAACAGCUGUUCUCCCCUGGAGAAAUUCCUUCAAAUUUUCCGCUCUCCUCCCAGCAGUCCAUCGUUGUUCCACAUAUAAGUUUGCACAAUGGAGCGCCAAGUCAUCCAGUGCCUUGUCAACAUUUUUAAAGAGAAAACUGUAAUGUAAAUGGUAAUUAGCUAUGGACUGCACAAAAUAAACCUCGAGGAACCCAGAGAGUGCAGACCUGGACAAUAGUCCAGUCUUCUAUGUUAUGCACAUGUGCAAGUGCCCCCUUUAUAUAUGUCAGUAUUACAAUGAAUAUGUUGGAUCUGCUCCAAAAUAUACUGGGUCUUUUCUU